AUGACGAAUUAUACAAAAGAGGUGAUGCCUACACCAUCAACAGAGACAUUGCACAUAAGCAUAAGUUUUCUCAUGGUAUCUAUUAACUUUUUCAGAGAAGUCGAGGAGAGUAUAUCUCUUACAGGAUGUUUUCACCUAAUCUGGCAUGAUACACGUCUAGAGUGGACUCCGUCUUUAAAUGGAAAUUUGAGUUUGUUAAUGAUUGACUCAAAAGAUAUAUGGCUACCACCGUUGGUUCUUAUAAAUCGAGUUGACAAAAUGGAAAUAAUUGGUGACAGUACGAAAUUUCCUGCAUCUGUGAACAGUAGUGGAUAUAUAAGGUACAGUCCAGGGACAGUACCAGAUGUCAAAUGUACCCCAGAUAUUUCUAAAUUUCCGUUUGAUACACAAAUAUGUACUCUUGAAAUAGUUCCAUGGGGACUUGACAAAAAACAUCUUUCAUUAACAAAUAUAGUUGAUGUAUGUCUUUUGAUGCACCUCAAUCCUAAUUCGGACUGGACCUUGGAAAAGUGCACUACGACAGUCUACAAUUCUCAAGAACACAAUGUUUUUUACGUUACAGUAGAAAUUAAACGCCAGCCACUCUAUUAUACAAUAAUGGUAGUUUUUCCUACAUUUUUGUUUGGAUUUUUGAACCCAUUGGUGUUCAUCGUUCCUGUUGAAACAGGAGAGCGUAUAGGCCUAGCCAUCACCCUGUUGUUGUCAUAUGCUAUUUUUCUUACUCUUGCCUCAGCCUCCGUACCAGCUACCUCGAAUCCGAUGUGCACUUUACUUAUUAUUAUGAUUGUGAUUAUCACAGUCAGUGGAGUAAUACUGUAUGGUACAACAGUAACUAUUAAAUACCAUUAUAAGAAGAAAACUGAUGAUAUUUGGUCACCACUGAAAGGUAUAACAGAAUGGAUAUUGAACAAAAAGUUGAAAUAUGUAGAACAAGCUGAUUCAAAUAAGAAACUAAAUGUUACCAAGGAUGACGUAGUUAACACAUUAGACUCAAUGCUUUUCUUUGGGUCUUAUAUGACGAUGACAAUUAUUUGUUUGGGAUAUUUCUUAUAUGUUUUGAUAUAA